AUGGAGAACUUCAUGAUUGUGCUAAUGGGACAGAUUCUUUGUCCUUCUACUGAUGGUGCAAACAUGUCGACGAAACUGCUAGGUGUUGUAUGUGUUGCAAAGGACGCAGAUCAGUAUAACUGGUGUGAGUUUUGUCACAAAUGGCUGCUAGACUACGCGAUCACAUGCCAGCGGAAGCUAGAAGUUCAGGGUUAUGCGGCUGGGACUGGUGGUUGUGUUUUGUUUUUGUUGGUAUUUUAUCUAGACCGUUUAUGUCGGCUUCCUGUCCGUUGGGACGAGUUCCCCAGACUAAAAGUCUGGACUGAGGAGGAAGUGGAGAAGGUGAAACUUCAAGAUAGGAAGCCUACUGAAGACUAUGGGAGGUUAUCGACGGUUGAUGUUGUUUACCGGGAGCCCCAUCCUCUAUUUGGCGGAGAAGAAAGAAGGCCGUUGGCAGAAGAGGUUGCUGAUCUGGUUAUGGAAAGGAUGGCCCCCUUACUGCAAGACCUCCGUGCCGUGAUACGAGAACAAGUAAUCAUACGCAGGCUGGGGGAAAAGGAUAGUGUUGCUGAAAAAGAUCCCUCCCCUGGUAGUGUUGCUGAAAAAGAUCCCUCCCCUGCUAGCAGUUCCCAUCGCCAAAUCAGCGAUAAUGCUUAUAUUAACGUGGAUGGUGAGCCAAUGGCGGUGGAUAAGUCGGUCAACAAGGUCCUGAGUGAGUUAGAUGUCAUUGUAUUGGAGGAUGAAAUAGACAAUGUGCAACACAGAGUGGAACAACCAUUGGGAGGUGAACAAAAUGUGUUUGUGAAUUACCAGUCCUUGCCUGUGGAGCAGCCCGUGUUUGAGUUUUUGCAUGUUCCAGCAGUGGAGGCCGUGCAGAAUGAGCCUAUGGAGGCAGAGCAAGUGCAGCAGGGCCCCCCACAGCAGGCCCCCCCACAGCAAGUGGUUGAGCUAGUGCAGCAUUUGGAGGCCAUGCAGAAUGAGCCUAUGGAGGCAGAGCAAGUGCAGCAGGGCCCCCCACAGCAGACCCCCCCACAGCAGGCCCCCCCACAGCAAGUGGUUGAGCUAGUGCAGCAUUUGGAGGCCAUGCAUAAUGAGACUAUGGAGGCACUGCCGCAACACGAGCCACAACAAGAGCCACGUUAUGAGCCUGUGCAGCAAGGUCAUACCGAGGCAGACCAAGGCGGACCACAAGAAGAAGGGCCUGUGGUGCCUGUUGUGCAGCAAGAUCAUGAGGUGGCAGACCCCCAGGGCCCAGUAGAAGAGCCACCACAAAAUGAUUUUUUGGAGCCACAAAAUGAUUUUUUGGAGCCACAAAAUGAUGUUUUGGAGGACCCCGAAAACGACAAUGAAGAAGAUGGCGAGGAAGGUGACGAAGAUGAAGAAGAUGUUGGUAAUACCGGGGAUCAAGAUAAACCUGGUGAUGAUGAUGAUGAGAACCAAGGAGCAAAUGGUGGUACGACGGGUCCGGUUGCGGGUGAAGCUGAAGGUGCAGAUAAUGCAGGGGGUCCGGGUGCCGAUGGGACCGAGAAUACAAGGGGUGGGGGUGAAGGUUUGGACCAUGUUUCUGUUCAUGGUUCCAAUCGUGAAGAUUUGGAUGGUGCUGAACCAGGUGGUGAUGGUCAGGUGAGAACAAGAACAAAGGCAGCGAGGCCUAAACCUAGUCCCAAACCCCGCACUGCGACAAAGAGAUCCCGUAAGCCUAGUGAGAAGGCAAUAGCAAUGAGAACAACUCGUCAACGACAAGGUAUUAGAAUGACGAAGGCAGACAGUUCUAUUUUGAAGUACGUAGAGGCUUACGACACCAAAAAGAAAGCAGGAGGGGCUAUGUUGAUUGAAUGUGAUGGGAACGACGCAAACCAGCAGAUGUGUUACUCGGUUGUUCACCCCAGGUCCUAUGUGAAUUCCCAGUAUGUUCGUACAAUUGCAUAUCUCUACAACCGGGAGUGGGCUAGUGAAUUUCCAAAGAGUUGUCGCAGACUUAUGCUUGACUCUAUGUUUGUACAUCAAAAGCUAAAGACGAAAGAAACAUAUGCCGGGUUGUUGAAGAAGUGGUCGCAACCACUUAGGAAGGUGGUCUCCUCGGAUAUUUCUGUGGAGACUGACAAGGAGUUUAACGCGUCCCCGGCCUGGCAGACUAAGCAAAUGGGGAAAUGGCCCCUGGAUGUUGUUGGUUUUCCUGAUUAUAAUGACAAUCAUGCAUGCGGGGUUGUGAUGCUUAUGGCGAUCCGGGAGACUGCUAAUGCUUUCAAAAAGUCAAUGCACGUGGGGGAGAUAGGCGCUGCCCGGAAGGCUCUGUUCUUGUCCCAUUUGAAUUCAGACUACAACUCUUGCCUUCCAUUGAUACCGGAGAUAAUUGCUACCCAUUGCCGUUGAUUUAUAAUAGUCUAGUCUCAUGAACUUAUGUUUAUUUUAGUUCGAGUGUUUAAUCAUCAACUUUGUUUAUCGGUUGUGUAUGAACUAUACCGUGCUUUUGUUGUUUGGUGACCAAUACUUCCCUUACAUUAUGCAUUUUGGU